AUGCCCGAGUUCACCCCCACGGAAAUCGGCGACCUUAUCCGCCAUCAUGAGGUAGAUUUUGCGCCCUAUGAAGAGCUCUACAAGCACCUCCACGCCUAUCCGGAGUUAUCCCACCAAGAGUAUAAAACCGCGGCGACUAUUGCAGCUAGACUCCGCUGUGUUCCUGGCCUUGAAGUAUUUGAGAACAUCGGCGGCACCGGUAUUGCCGCUGUCCUCCGCAACGGUGAUGGCAAGACCGUUCUUCUACGGUCUGAGCUAGAUGGCCUGCCGAUUAAAGAACAAACGAAUCUUCCUUACGCGAAUGUCUUAGUGUCAGCGAAGUCAGAAUGGUCCGGAACUUUGGUCAUUAUCUAUCAGCCCGCUGAAGAAUUGGGAAACGGUGCUAUACGCAUGGUCAACGAUGGUUUAUACGACAAGGUUCCCAAGCCCGACGUUUUACUCGGGCAGCACAUCUUGCCACAGCGAGCUGGUCGGUUUGGGAUGAGGUCAGGAACGGUGAUGGCUGCUUCGGAUUGUCUCAAAAUAACGUUCACCGGUAGAGGAGGGCACGCUUCUAUGCCACAUCGAACAAUUGACCCGAUAGUGAUGGCUGCAAGCACAGUUGUCCGGCUGCAGACCAUAGUCAGUCGAGAAAUCAAUGUCUCUCAGGAAUUCGCUGUCGUGACGGUUGGUAGUUUUAACGCUGGAAGCGCCCCAAACAUCAUUCCCGAACAGGCUGAAAUUCAACUGAACGUGAGGACCACCGACGAAAAUACGAGGAAAAGAGUCCUCUCGUCCAUCGAUCGAAUUAUCAAGGCAGAAGGAGAGGCUAGCGGUGCAAUCCAGGCCCCUCAAAUAGAAACGACUCUUCAGUUCCCUCUGACGAUCAACGAUCCAACCGUGACGCAGAAGGUGCAGCAGACGUUCGGUUCGCUCUUUUCACCCGACUUUACGGCAGAGUGGCCUAGGUCCAAUGCAAGCGAGGAUUUCACAGUUUUGGGUACUUCGAUUGGAAGACCUUGUUGCUUUUGGUUUGUUGGGUGCACUGCAGCGGAGAUUUGGGAAGAAGCGGAGGAGAAUGGAACGCUAUCAGACAUCCCGGGUAAUCAUUCCGCUUUCUUUGCUCCAGACGUGCUGCGCACAAUGCAAAUUGGCGUGUGUUCUUUGGUUGCAGGUGCAUUAAGCUUCCUCUCCAAAGCUCAAUAAAAGGCGUUGAGCUUUUAUUGAGGCCUAUACCUUGGGAGUUGGCGACGACCAACUCGAUUGAUCUAGAAGCUGCUCGUGGAGCCAACUGCAAUUACUUGAAGGGUAUCAUCGUCCUUAGAGAAGUAAAUAACAUUUAAGGGCUUGUACUCCGUAAACAAAAAAUAUUUCGUGGUCAAAUAAUCUCGCGAGAGAGUGACUAAGGCUUAGACACAACCCAAAAAUAGCCUGCCCUUUCAUUAAAUAACUAGUUAGUCAGUCGAUUGUACCCGAGGAUGUAACUAACUGCGCAACGCGAGAAGGACAAAAGG